AUGGAUUUCAUCAAGACCAGUUCCCUGCGUGCUCUGAUUGAGUUAACUUUCCAACGCAACUGGAACGGCCUAAUUUGGAUGAGUAGAAAAGGAGUUACAACCAAAAGAGUGGAGACUGUCCAGACGGCUCUAUCGAGAAUCAGCGCCCAACCGCGCAGUCCGGCUGGCCGAGGAACGAUGUUCCGCGCUCGGCCAAACUGUGUCCGUCCGUCUGAAGUCUCGGCCAAAGUCCAAAACCACUCGGCCGAUCACGCAUCACGACCCGGGAAACUCCCCGCGGUCGGCCACGCCACAACCGCCACGCCACGCCGCGCACGACCACGCCGCGCGAGCCGGGAAAAAGCCUCGCGGCCGCGCAACUCGUCUCACGUACCACGCCGAACGCUCCGUCCGAGCCGGGAACUACGCCCACGUCCGGCCGAGAAUUUCAUCGGCCAAACUCAUCCGCUCGACCACGCCGGCCGACCAUGA